GUCGAGCGACAGCGGAAGGGGCCACCACUGCCCAGCUUCACAAAGUAAUCAAGGCAAUCUCCGUACGACAGUCACAAAUCGGACACGAUGGCGCCUAGCACGACCAAGCCUGGCGAGAACAUGCUCUGGGGCGGCCGCUUCACCGGCGGUCUCGACCCUCUCAUGGUAGCCUACAACGAGAGCAUCCACUUCGACAAGGCUCUGUACAAGCAAGACAUCCUGGGCAGCAUCGCCUUCGCCCGGGCCAACACAAAAGGCGGCAUCCUGACGCAGGAUGAGUUCAACAAGAUCGAGGCCGGCCUCCGGGAGGUCAUGGCCGAGUGGGAGGCGGGCAAGUUCGUCAUUGUCCCCGGCGUCGACGAGGACAUCCACACUGCCAACGAGCGCCGGCUGGGCGAGAUCAUUGGCAAGGACGUGGCCGGCAAGCUGCACACCGGCCGCUCCCGCAACGAGCAGGUCGUCUGCGACAUGCGCAUGUGGCUGCGCGACGAGCUCCGCAAGAUCGAGGAGCACCUCGUCGUCUUCCUCCGGGUCGCCGCCGAGCGCGCCGAGAGGGAGGUCGACCACGUCAUGCCGGGCUACACACACCUGCAGCGCGCCCAGCCGAUCCGGUGGAGCCACUGGAUCAUGUCGUACUGUGUCGCCUUUGCCGCCGACCUCGAGCGCCUCCGCGAGGUGAUCAAGCGCGUCAACAAGUCCCCCCUGGGCUGCGGCGCCCUCGCCGGCAACCCGUUCAACAUCGACCGCGAGAUGAUGGCCGAGGAGCUCGGCUUCGAGGGCCUGCUGUGGAACUCGAUGGGCGGCGUUGCGGAUCGCGACUUUGUCGCCGAGCCGCUGCAGUGGGGCAGCAUGUUGAUGCUUCACAUCUCGCGCUGGGCCGAGGACCUCAUCAUCUACUCGACGGCCGAGUUCGGCUUCGUCCGCCUCGCCGACGCGUACUCGACCGGCUCGUCCCUGAUGCCGCAGAAGAAGAACCCGGACAGCCUGGAGCUGCUCCGCGGCAAGAGCGGCCGCAUCCUCGGCCAGAUGACCGGGUUCAUGACGACCAUCAAGGGCCUGCCCAGCACGUACAACAAGGACCUGCAGGAGUCGUGGGAGGUCAUGCUCGACAGCGUCAAGACGGUCAGCGACAGCAUCCAGAUCGCCACGGGCGUCCUCGCCACCCUCGACAUCCAGCCGGCCAAGAUGCGCGCGGCCCUCGACCCCUUCAUGCUCGCCACCGACAUUGCCGACUACCUCGUCCGCAAGGGCGUACCGUUCCGCGAGACCCACCACACCUCGGGCCGCGUCGUCGCCCUGUCCGAGCAGACCGGCACCCCCAUGGACAAGCUCACCUACGAGCAGCUCAAGGGCAUCGACAGCCGCUUCGAGCCCGAUAUCGCGGAUUACUUUGACUACGACCGCAGUGUCGAGAUGCGCUCGGCAAAGGGGGGCACCAGCAAGGAGAGCGUCCUCGAGCAGAUCCGCGUCAUCAAGGAGACCCUCGGCGCGUAAAGCAGGAGUUGGAACGCAAACGUGGGUAUGAGAAAAAGUGUAUUUCAAGGAGUUUUAUGGCCAGUGAGGUCAAGGAGUUUGGACUAUAGAGUCGGAUUGUACAUGCAGGCUACAGUGAAUGAAUAGGCAUGACUUUCCCCAUCACCGAGACGAUUCCAGAGCAACUGAGAUGUCAGC